AUGGUGCUGGUUACAAGGAAAACGUCGCAAGUUAAGGUGGUGAACCUUGGGAAUGACGACGUGGGGCUUGGCCGCGUACCUGCAGUCACGAGCACGCGCGAGGAAAGCACAUCGGGUGGUGGAGAGAUGCAAGAUUAUAAGAUUCAGGAAUUGGGUGCUAAUGAUCUUAUCAGUGAAUCAGUUGCAAUCAAGUCUCGCGGAAGCAGGUAUCAUGGCGCACUUGCAAACAAACCUAGCGAAGAGGACAGACUUGCAGAUCGUCCUGCUGGUUCUGCUGAUCUUGGUAGACGUGCUGGUCCUGCUCUUACCGAUGCUGACUUGCCAAAGCAGUUGCAAUUGGAUGCGCGAGUGAGCACGGAGCUUACUGAACGGCCUGGAUUGCAACAGAGUCAGGAGCCUCUUGAGGGUUCGAUUUCAGCCGUCAGAUCUCAGGCGACGGCUGCGAUCUCGUCACUGCGCCCGGCUUUACGAGCUGUGAGGAAGAUAUGGAGGAGUAAGGAGGCAGUGGGAGGAAGAAUUCCUGAUGGGCAUGUUUUGGAGACGAAUGAAAACCAGAGAGGGUUGCAUAGGGGGGAGGGAGGGGAGGGAGAGGGAGCUGGGGAGGAGGGGGACGAAGAUGAGGCGUUGGAGGGAGGUGAUGUGGUUCUGAAGCCCAUGAGUGCAGCAAUGACCAACACGGUAUACGAGUGUGUGUGGGUGCCUACCAGGAAGAACGAGCCACGGGAGAGCAAAGCCAAGGAGUCAAAGGAGGAGGAGGAGGACCAUUCAGGAGAGAAGCGGGUGUUGGUGCGGCUGUAUGGCCCAGCGACAACAAUGCUGUUUCAGAGGGAACACGAGGAGGCAGUCACCCGAGCCAUGUCCGACCUAGGCUUGGGACCGAAGCUGUUGGCCUCGUUCGGCACUGGCAGGGUGGAGGAGUUUCUGCAAGCCAAGCCACUGACAGCAGGGGAGAUGAGGCAACCAGAGACAUCCCGGCAGAUCGCACGGUGCAUGCGGCACUUCCAUGCGCUCCUCCUCCCAGGCACUGCAGCUGGGAAAGUCGCCUCGUGCCUCUGGUCCCGCCUGCGGCGCUGGCUAUCCCUGGCGCAGCUGCUGCACCCCUGGGGCGUGCACGGGGCAAACCCACGACAGCUGGGGGAGAAGAUUCACAGGCUGGAGGCAGCAGCGCACAGGCGGACUAAAAGUACAGCUUGUGCUUUCUGCAUCCUCCCUCCCUCGCUCCUGUCCCGUUCCAUCCCCUCCUCCCAUCAUGUCCGUCGCCUCGCCCAUUAUCCACCCGCUCAGGACUACGAGUACAGUGGCUAUGCACACGUGGCGUGUGACAUUGCCAACCACUUCUGUGAGAUGGCAGCUGACUACGACCGCCCGCACCCACACCUCCUCGACUACUCCAAGUACCCCUCUGAGGACGAGCAACGGUGGUUUAUUAACUGCUACCUUGCUGCCAAUCCUACCUCUCCUGCUGAUGCAUGUUUAAGCGCUAGUGAAACCAGCACCACUAGAAGGGGUGUCCCCUUUACAAGCAGCCUCGAUGAAAGUGUUGCUGAGGAGCUGAUGCAAGCAGUGGAUGUGUUUCUUCCUGUGUGCCAUCUACAUUGGUUCCUGUGGGGCAUUAUUUCGCCGGACAUGGCUUCCGUCAGCUAUGUUGCUGCUCGUGGGAUUUCCACCCUUCCCCGCGCGGAAGGUGUGGAGGCCUUCAAGGCCAAGGAGCAGGUUCACCUCAAGGAAAGCUCGUUGCUUGGGGAGAAGCUUAAUGUCGCUCAUCGGUACACGAGCGAGAAGAGCAGCAUCAUUGUCGUCGGUCUAAGCGUUCACACCGCUCCCGUUUCGAUGCGUGAGAAGCUCGCCGUUCCUGAAGCCGAGUGGCCACGCGCCAUUACAGAGCUCUGCGAGUACCCCCACAUUGAGGAAGCUGGUGUUCUGAGCACAUGCAACCGCAUGGAAAUCUACGUCGUGGCGCUCUCCUGGCACAGGGGCAUUCGCGAGGUCACUGAGUGGAUGUCAAAGUCGAGCGGUGUUCCCGUUGAAGAGCUCCGCCCGCAUCUCUUCCUGCUCCGUCAAAGGGACGCUACGCAGCACCUUCUCCGCGUCUCUUCUGGCCUUGACUCCCUGGUGCUCGGAGAGGGUCAGAUCCUCGCUCAGGUGAAGCAGGUCUUCAAGGUUGGCCAGGGAGCCGAGGGCUUUGGACGCAAUCUCAACGGUCUCUUCAAGCAGGCGAUCGAGGCCGGCAAGCGUGUGCGUACUGAGACCAGCAUCGCCUCGGGUGCCGUGUCCGUCAGCUCUGCUGCCGUUGAGCUCGCCGCGAUGAAGCUUCCCGAAGCUGGCCUGAAGGAAGCUCGCGUCAUGAUCGUCGGCGCUGGGAAGAUGUCACGUCUCCUUGUGAAGCAUCUGCUCUCUAAGGGUUGCAACACCAUGACCGUUGUGAACAGGUCCCUAGGCAGUGUAGAGACGCUGCAGUCUGAAUUUCCGGACGCCACGCUUCUCUACAGGCCUCUUCCUGAGAUGAUGCAAGCAGCGGCUGAGGCUGAGGUUGUCUUUACCAGCACAGCUUCGGAGACUCUUCUCUUCGAGGAGUCCAACGUUCAGGGCCUCGGCCCUGCUGGCGAUCUGACCAACGGCGUCAGGCACUUCAUCGAUAUCUCCGUCCCUCGCAAUGUUGGUUCCUGCGUGGCCAACGUUCAGCAGACCAGGGUGUACAACGUCGAUGACCUGAAGGAGGUGGUUGCUGCCAACAAGGAGGAGCGGAGAAAGAAGGCCCUUGAGGCUCAGGCUAUCAUUGAGGAGGAGCUUCAGGCCUUCGACGCGUGGAGGGAUUCCCUGGAGACGGUUCCGACCAUUAAGAAGCUCCGGCAGAAGAUUGAGGGCAUUCGACAGGCUGAGCUGGACAGAAUCCUGGCGAAGAUGGGCGAGGAGCCGACUAAGAAGCAGAAGAAGCUGAUUGAGGAGCUGAGCAAGGGUAUUGUGAACAAGAUUCUCCACGGACCCAUGACCCACCUCAGGAGCGAUGGCAGUGACGCGAGGACAGUGAGUGAGACGUUGGAGAACAUGAAUGCCUUGGAGCGGAUGUUCGACCUGGCUGCUGAGGAAGCCAGCGGCCGGCGAUGA